AUGGCUUUGGUGCGGCCUGGAAAAAUCUUUGUGACAGUUGAGAGUGAAUGCGGUAGCUCCAUCAAGAAACUGCAACGCGACAUAAAUAAUUGCAUCUCGUCGCUUCAGUGUCAUCAGAUUGAUGUUUCAAAUUGGGAUGCAAUAUUCACAUAUUUGUGUUCGACAAAACUGCCAGAAACGACACUGGCACUAUGGGAGCAAACCAUAGAAAAUAAAACUGAGAUUUCCAAAUGGGUAGAUAUGGAUAAAUUCCUAUCCAAUCGGUUUCAAACACUGGAAACCGUGACAGGUCUUAGGGGAGAUAUAGUUUCGAAACCUAAACCACCAAGCUCUCGGAAUUCUGCAGAGACGCCUGCAAAAAAGCUUGGCGCCUUUCAAGCCAGUGUAGCAAAGGCAACAUGUAAAAUGUGCAACAGCAAUGUACACAAGCUAUCAAAGUGCGACAGAUUUUUGCGUCUAAAGCCGACGGAGCGAGUAGAUUACGUGAAGAGCAUUCGCAGUUGCUUGAAUUGUUUAUCUGCUGGGCACACAGUCUCAAGAUGUACCAGCUCAUUUAACUGCAGCACUUGUCAUUCGAGACAUCACAAGUUGCUCCAUAUGCCAAUUCAGCCAAAAGCGACAACUGAUCCAUCGGGUAGCGUGGAAUCUACUCCAAACCAGGCUCAAUCAAGACGCGAAUCUGAAAAAGGAAACAUCAAAUCUGUUACAAAUAUAAAUUCUUGUUACGCAAAUACAAGUAAAGGAGUUUUGUUAGGAACAGCACGCGUAAACAUACACUAUAAUGGUAUACAUUUUGCGGCUAGAGCGCUUAUAGAUUCUGGUUCUGAGUGCUCGUUCAUUACUGAGAGACUCAAACGGAGAAUCAACCUGCCAUCAAAACGCUUGCAUGCCCAAGUUUCGGGCAUCAAUAACUCUGUAUCUGCGCAGGUAAAAGAAGCGUGUGCUAUUCAACUUCGGUCACCCACAGACCCGUUAAUUAAUAUAGAAGCAAUUGUGCUGGUUUUACCACAAUUAACCGGGGAUCUUCCGACUUGUCAGAUAAGCGCAAUGACGCAGCAAUCGUUCCCAGACUUGGUCUUGGCGGACAAAAGAUUCUUCGUCAAUGAGCCAGUUGACCUGGUCUUAGGAGGAGAUAUUUACCCGCAAAUAAUUUUAAGCGGAAUGAGGAAGAACGUAUUAAAUACGCUUCUCGCGCAAGAGACCGUGUUCGGUUGGAUACUGACUGGUCGCGCGGACUCAGUCAGUCCAACUAACAAUAUCGUAUCGUAUUUUAACGAAGUCACGUUGGACAAGCAGCUAGCUGCAUUUUGGGAGCUGGAGGAUGUCCCAAAGAAAAAAGGCAUCAACGAAGAUGAUAAAUACUGCGAAGAGCUCUUCAAAGCAACUACAACACGAAAUACCGAUGGAAAAUACAUUGUGUCUCUACCUUUUAAACGGGAUUUUCCGAAAAAUGUGUGCUUAGGACCUUCGCUGAAAAGUGCAUGCUCUCAGUUCUACCGGAACGAGACGCGACUAGCGAAAAAGCCUGUCCUUCAAACAGAGUACAACCGGGUUGUAUCUGAAUACGAGACACUAGCACAUAUGUCAAAAAUUAACAAAAACAUUUCACCAGAUUCAACGGACUGCUAUUUUUUACCGCACCACGCCGUUUUAAAGGAAGAAAGUACCACUACAAAGGUCAGGGUUGUAUUCAACGCAUCAUGCCCAACCGCUAAUGGCAUGAGUUUGAAUGAUGUCCUCCUUCCAGGUCCUGUACUUCAGGCCGAUUUAACGAUCCUCAUACUCCGUUGGAGACUGUUCCAAUACGUCUUCAACAGCGAUAUAGAGAAAAUGUAUCGGCAAAUAUUUGUAAAUGAGAAUCAAACGAAAUAUCAGCGCAUAGUUUUUCGCACCUGCCCAAGAGAACCAAUUAGCUUAUACGAAUUAAAAACGGUGACUUUUGGCAUCAACUGUGCUCCUUAUCUCGCGAUAAGGACAUUGCAUGAACUAGCUGAUGAGGUAGAGAGCUCGUUUCCAAUCGCAUCCGAAAUUUUGCGAAAGUGUAUGUACGUGGACGACGUACUUGCUGGAGGACACAGCAUCGGAGCAGCGAUUAAAGCUCGAGAAGAAAUACUACAGGUACUGGAUUCAGCAGGGUUCCCGUUAAGAAAGUGGACUUCGAACUCCAGUAAAAUACUUGAAGGUAUACCGAAAUCUCAUUUACUCACCGACGAUUUUCUAGAGUUUGAAGAGUCUAGUACGGUAAAAGCACUUGGCAUCAGAUGGAAUGCCAAAUCUGACUACUUCUACUUCACAGCAAAACCAAUAGAAAAUCGUGACGUCAUCACUAAAAGAGCGAUACUUUCAGCUAUCGCCAAACUGUUUGACCCGCUCGGUUGGCUCGCUCCAGUGGUAAUUGUCGCCAAGAUCAUUAUGCAAAAUAUUUGGUUGGAGGGAACUGGUUGGGACGAUACCGUGUCUCCGACCACAUUAGACCGUUGGCAGGCAUUUAUGCACGACUACAUGGACAUUAAUACCAUUCGCAUACCAAGAUGGGUUCACUUUACGCAAACAGAUGACGCCGAAAUACAUGGAUUCAGCGACGCUUCGGAGAAAGCAUACGCGGCGACUGUUUUCUUGAGAGUUAAGACUGCGGAAAAAGUUGUGGUCAGCCUUCUAAUGGCAAAAACAAAGGUAGCGCCCGUCAAAACAGUAUCGUUACCCCGUUUAGAACUUUGCGGCGCAGUUUUGCUUUCGGAAACCGUAGAAGCGGUCGUCGAAAAUCUGAGUCUUGGACAUUUGAAAAUAAAUCUCUGGACAGAUUCUACAAUAGUCCUCGCAUGGAUCCGGAAACCACCGUGUUCGUGGUCAACUUUCGUUGCUCACCGAAUAACAAAAAUUGUAGACAAGGUGGGAACCGAAAACUGGCGUCAUGUGGAUUCGGCAUCAAACCCAGCAGAUCUGGCGAGUAGAGGACUUUCGGCGAGUGAUCUAGUCAACAACUCCUUGUGGUGGCAGGGUCCUUCUUGGUUACAAGAAGACUAUUCGAGAUGGCCAGCACAAGAAUCGGACUUUGACACAACUAUUGAAGAAAAAAGGGUGCAUGUUCAUGCAACAACAAAAGUAAAAGACUUUCACGACAUUCUCGAUCGAUUUUCUGAUUUAUCACGGGCUUUGAGAGUUAUAUCGUAUAUUAUGAGAUUCUAUCAAAGAAUCAAUCCCAAAACGAAAUAUUCCUUUAAAGCGGAGUCUCGUUCAAUUUCGGCCAACGAAAUUAAAACAACGACCCAACACUUAAUAACGAUUUGUCAAAAACAAUAUUACAGCGAAGAAUAUACAAGGUUAAAAUCUGGAAAAUCCAUCGACGGAAAAAGUGAAAUCCUGCCUCUUAACCCGUUCAUCGACAAAGAUGAGAUUCUGAGGGCUGGUGGUCGUCUGAGCGCAUCUAGCGAUCUGUCCUACAAUGAACGUCAUCCUAUCAUUCUUCCGUAUGGUU